AUGCACUUCAACCCAAACAAGCUGACAAGCUUCAUGCGUGCUCAGGAGGCGGUGCCCCCGCGGCCUCUUCUGGGGGAACCCAUUGGAGCCCCCGUGACAGCGAACACCUUUGUGAAGUGUAGAUACGCACAAGGAUCGCCUGCUUACCAAGUGACACAGAACACGCAGCUAACGCAGCAUCAUAAACUUCCUGCGCAGAGCGCGCUCGUCAGUCAGGUGCUGCCACGUCAGCAGCAGCAGCAGCAGCAACUGCAGCAAAUGCAGCAGCUACACCUGCAGCAGCAGCAGCAGCAGCAGCGUCACUACCAGCUUAUGAAGCCUUCAACUCUGAUGUCACAGAAGCACCAGGAGCAGCAGCACGCUGCUCUUGCUACGCAGUUCGUAUCUUGUGCUGGGCACCGCAGUCGAUCGAAUUCUUCUUUAGCGAGUCAAGAGAAACGAAGCCCUUCCCAGCUAAGUAGCAGCUGCGAGGGACUGCUGCAUUCCUCUACCAAGGCAGGAGGCAGCAUGCGGUGUGGCUACUCUGGCGAGACUCGUGCAGUCCCGUUCAACAGCUGUGCCUUCAACAACAGACUGAGCUUCGGCAGCACUCGCAGCAGCCUGGGCUCCGGCCAACAGUUUAGCAGCCUACGAUACGUGAGCACAGACUCAGAGCACAACGUAUCAGCAGCCGUUGCAUCUGACGCUGCUGCUGUUACUGAUGAGCCUGCAGAGGCAACGGGGGUCCCGCCAGUCCCUGCUUCUGUAUCUCCUGUCUGUGGUGCUGCUCCUUCUAGCGGUCUCUCAGUAGGCGGUGAGUCGUGCACCGAUUGGGGCGUGAUUUCAGCAGAAAACGGCAACAGUAACAACGACAACAGUAGCAGCACCAGCGGAAGCAACGUAUUUGUGGCUGUGCGGGUGCGUCCGCUGAGUGAGUCUGAACGUAGACAAGGAGACAGCAAAAGCGUCUCCGUGGUGGCGCCUCAGUCUCUGCUGGUGACGGAGAGGGGCGCAGGUGGAGGUCCCCGAGGGCGUCGCGUUCGCCGCCGGUGUUUUCUGUUUGAUAGUGUCUUUGGAGAGAGUGCAGGGCAGGAGGAGGUGUUUCAGCUGAGCACAUCUCCUCUACUGCAAGAACUGUUCAAAGGAACUAAUGUCUCUAUCUUUGCCUAUGGCGCCACAGCAGCGGGAAAAACCUACACGAUGCUUGGUACAGAAACGAGACCGGGGGUGAUGCCUCGAGCCCUGCAGCUCCUGUUCCAGCAGGUCAGCAGUGAGCAGGAGAAGGAGUAUGUUUUUAUCUGUCGCUUCGUUGAGAUUUACAACGAGACGAUUAGAGAUUUGUUGGGGCAUCGCGGCGAAGUCUGCGAACUGCGAGAAGACCCCGAGCGUGGUGUGCUGCUGCAGCACGCCACUUCCCUGAGGCUGUGCUCCCCGCAGCAGGCGCUGCUGCUGCUCCUCGAGGGCAACGCGCGCAGAACACAAGAGGCGACGAAUGCAAAUCAAACUUCUUCAAGGUCUCAUGCAGUCCUACAAGUGAAUGUGAUGUUGCGCGGUCAAAAUGGAGAUGAAAAGCAACUCUCGAAAUUGUCUCUCGUUGACCUGGCGGGCAGCGCCAGCAUCAACAGGUCGUUGUUGGCGCUGGGCAAUGUAAUAAACGCGUUGACAGCACGGGGUGGGGGGCCCUCUGGGGGAGCUUGUGGGGGCUCCUGCGGAGGCCCACCGCUGCGCUUCGUUCCUUACCGAGACAGUAAGCUCACGCGACUACUGAAGGAUAGCCUGGGGGGCUGCUGCCGCACGGCAAUGAUUGCAACUGUCUCCCCCGCCAGCAGCCACCAAGAGGAGACGCUGAACACUUUGAAGUAUGCGAAGAGAGCAAAGGCCAUUCGCAACAGCAGCGACCAACUGCACAAAAUGAAAAAAUGCAUCAGCGACACAGACGCUCACAAUGGACCUGCUGCUGUGGCUGGCCUCAAGGCAAAACUCCACCAGCUCCAGUGUCAGCUGCACCGCCAAGAACUGCCGGAGCUGCACACGGCAGAGAAGGACCGGAGAGGAGGAAGAGCAGCAGGAGGAGAAGCACCUCUCCCCACAGUGCGCCACGCCACUGCAGAGGCUGUAAAUCUUCUUCUGGAAGACAUCGAUGCCUUGGCCACUGAAAACGCUCUUCUUACGGAACAGGUGGCAGCGCUUCAGGCAAGCCUUAGGGAGAGCGGAGACAGGUUUGCCUUUCUGCAGUCUUUAGCGCAGCAGCAGCAGCAGCAGCAGCAGAUGCUGCUGCAGCAGCAGCACUUUGAAGCCGAGUUUCUGAACUCAACAGAAGUGCCUGCAGCAGCGCAUGAAGCAGCAAAAAACGGAAGUGAUGCAACAGCAGCAGCACGAACUGGCAAAUGCGGCUGGGAAGGCUCCUCCUCAACUAUUCAUCCGAGUGAAAGCAGCAGCAGCCGGGCAGCAGCAGCCGACGAAGAAUUGCAGGUGCUGCUCCGCAUGCGGCCCGUGCAGUCUCAGCAGCAGGUGCUGCACCAGCGGCAGCAUGAAGAGGACUUCGACGUGCCCACUGAAGAGCACGAACUGCAGCGUAUCGAGUGCAACGGCGACCAACAGCAACUGCAGCAUCAGCAGCAACCUGAACAGCCACUUGCACUGCAGCCCCAAGGCCUUAUCCGCACCAAAGACACGCUGCAAUUUGACGAAUACUUUUCACCCCAGAGCGGCAGUGCAGCAGACGGAAGUCCGGCCACAGGGCCAGCCCCAGCCGCAGCUGGACCAGCACCAGCAGCCGAUCCCGAUUCUGGUGGUGCUUUUGCUCCAUCAGCUGGUGCAGGUGGAGGGCGUUCAUUGGGGCUCAGCCCCUUUCGCCUUUUCGGGAAGAGCGGUGCCUUUGGCAGACUGUGCAGCACUAGUCUCGUCUCUCUGGAUGCCCCUCCUGCCUCUGUGGCCUCCGCUGCCACUGCUGCUGCUGCUCAUCAUGCUGCUGGCAGCACGCCUGGCUCGGACUCGAAAGGCCUGUUGAAUGACGAGGGAAUCGACUUUAAAACGAACUGA